AUGCUAGCGACUGAAUCAGUGUUCUCAGUGCUUACUUUUUGCGAGGAUGUAGAUGGUGGUGCACAUAGGUUUCUAUUGUCUGGGGUGGAGGACAUCAAUGUUCCAGUUUCUAUGGGUGUAAUGAGUGGUGGUGAAGAACUUAGGAUUGUAGGCCAUUGUCAUGGAAUCAUUUGUGUACACGUAGAUAAUUAUAGUAAGGUGUUUUUGUGGAAUCCGGCAAUUCAGGAAUUCAAGCUUCUUCUCUCGGAGAAAUACUUUACGGAUUGGGAGUCCCUAGUUCAGCAGCGUGCCCCGUAUCUACCAUUAAGUGAUCGGCUCGAAUGGGCCAUGGGAUUUGGCUAUGAUCCUAUAUCUAAAGCUUAUAAAGUUGUUAGCAUUAUAUUUUAUGGUUCGCAAAGGCAUGCUCAUACAUUAUAUUAUGUGGUUAUUUAUCCUCUGAGAGUACAAGUGUACACGCUGGGAAGUAGUGAAGAAUCUUUUUCUUGGAGAGAGAUCAAGACUUGCUCUUUGGAAACAGAAACUACUUUCCUUUGGCCUGAAGGUUUCCAGAUAUACUUGAAGGGGAUGUGUUAUUGGUUGGGAACUGAGCAACAAAAGGAAUUCGUGGAUGAGGAGGAACUUCGAUAUGAAGAAAUGAUAAUAGAAUAUUACGGGGUAAAUUUUUCAUUGUAUUACUUCCUUGAAAUAUAUACAUAUAUAAUCCUUGUUCUACAAGGAAACACUACUCAAUAA